CACGUAUAAACAAUAUAUUAAAAAUUACGUAUCGUCAACAUUUCAAAGAAAUCGUAAGAAAGUCGAUGUACACUGCAAAUACCUUAAAAAGAACCAGGAAUCUCAUUAAUAAGCUAUUUGGAGAUAAUGUGGAUUGUUAAAAGCUAAAAUAAAUUGUUCUAACAUUGUUAAUUUCCUGCACCAUAUUUCGUGGAAAUAGUGUUUCUCGCUAAAAAAAAAAAAUCAUAUUUCAUUGCUUUUCAUUUAAUCACGUGGUAGCUGUAUCUUCUAUCAUUUCGAUUUUUCAAUUAUAGAAAUCGACAGAUAACUGAAUUUGACUAAAUAUAGCUUCUUAAAGAGAACUACAAAACCCUUCAGCAGGCUAUUUAAAAGUAAUCUAAAUUGUUCUUUAUUUUUUACUAUUUCUUCUUUAUUAGAACAAGUGCACAAGUGAUGUUUAAUCGAUUUCGAUUUUCAAUCAGGUAUCAGCAUAGGUAAAUCGAUUGACAAACCUUUAUAGACGCUUUACAGGUCGAUCACGAUCUACUACACGAUUAUGGUGAUGCUUACGGUUGCCUGUAUGAUAUUAUUUUCGUUCCUCACUGACUUCGGCGACCGGAAGCUCGCGUACAAAGCCUGGCUGCCUUUCAACUAUUCCGUGUCCAGUUGCUAUUACAUCGCGUACGCUCAUCAAAUCAUCGCACUGAUUGGCACGGCGCUUCUAAACGUGGCCUGUGAUAUGCUGGUUUGCGGGUUGCUCGUUCAUGUCUGCGGCCAGCAGGAAAUCCUGAAGCAUAGAGUAAAGAAAUUGAAGAAAGAAUCGAGACCUGACAUUGGAAAAAUCGUGCGUUUUCACGAUUAUUUAUACGGAUACGUUUCGAUGAUACAGCAGAAGUUUCAAGAAAUAAUAGGUGUUCAACUUCUAUCCAGCACCUUCGUGGUGUGUUUUAUCCUGUACGAAUUGUCGAACGCGCCAGUGAACUCCAAAUAUUUGCAAUUCGUCUUAUACCUGACCUGCAUGAUGACACAGGUCUUCUUCUACUGCUGGUAUGGGAAUCAGCUCAAAUUAAAGAGUGUCGAGGUUGCGAAUGCAAUCUUUGAGGUGGAUUGGAUAUCGUUUGAUAAUAGUAGCAAGAAGAGUUUGAUAAACGUAAUGAGAAGAGCCACGAAACCGAUCGAAUUGACCUGUGCCUACAUAUUUACGAUGGACUUGAAAACUUUCGUGGACAUACUGAAAAUGUCCUACUCGACGUACAAUUUGCUCAUGUACAGUAUAUUGUCCAAUCGUAAGAAUAUCAUCGUCAUAACGGAUAUGCUAGAGAGCACGCCUUUUCAACCAGAGACGAAGGAAGAGAUCGAGAUUCGAGAAAAGUGCGAAAGACGAGCCAGAUACAUUCCACGUGACAUUACCUAUCACCUUACGAAUCGCCACAGAUCGAACGCGUUUUAUUACGCACUUCUAGUUGAAUCGUCGGUGGUGGUAAUGUCGGUGUUAACAUUGCUCGGUGCAUUGUACAAAGGCGAAAGUCACAAGCUAGCGUUUCGAAUGUGGUUACCUUGGAACCAUACUUCGACAGCCACCUACAGUUUGAUCUACAGUCAACAAAUUUUAAUUCACGCCUUCAAUGGUCUGCUGCACGUUGCCUGCGAUAGCCUCAUAUGGACGUUGUUGAUGUUCAUCUGCAAUCAGAUCGAAAUCUUCGGAUAUCGCUUGAGAAAGAUCGCACAGGGCACGAAUGAUUGCAAACUGUGCAUUCGUUAUCAUAAUCUCAUCUAUCGAUUCGCCACCAUGAUAAACGAAGAGUUUAAACUGAUGAUUUUCAUUCAGUUCGCAGUGAGCACGCUGACGAUAUGCAUGAAUCUUUACAUCUUAACGGGAACGAAUAUCUCGCUCGAGAUGAUUGUGAAAAUAAUUAUGUUCAGCAGCUGUAUGUUAACACAGAUAUACAUUUUAUGUUGGUACGGGAACGAAGUUGAGCUGAAGAGCCUCGAAAUUUCCAAUAUGAUUUUUGAAAUCGACUGGCUAGCGCUCAAGGAAACCACUAAACGGGACUUGUUAAUGAUCAUGAUGCGUGCGAGAUCUCCCAUACAAAUGACUAGUGUUCACGUGGUGACGAUGAAUCUCAAGUCGUUCGUGAUCUUGUUGAAAACUUCUUAUUCAGCGUACAAUCUGCUGCAAGGUAUGUAGCAGAGGUUAGCGAGCCAGGCAGCAGCUUCUCGCGAGACGAAUAGAGGCACGACCCUUUCAUGGACACACGCAAUGGAGGAAUGUAAAGCAUGUGAAAGGAAUAAACGAAACAAUAAAUAAUAUACAGAAGCGUUACGUUUAUAACGCAACUCUUUCCUCUUUUACCAUUAAUUCCUCUUCUCUUCUCUCGGAGAAGCCUGCACACCUUUUAAAUAUUUAUCUAUGGAAAACGACCACCGCGUUCCAUUCUACACGCUGAUCAUUUAUAUUUCAAGCAAACCGCCCUCAAUAUCGCCAUCGACAUUAACAACGUGUAUCGUGAAUUCACGUUGAAAAAAGAAAGGGGAAACAACAAGACGUAGAAUUAUCGGUAUCUUGUUUUGUAACUGUUGCAAAAGUAAUUGCGCGACUGCGUACUUUGUAACGGAAGAUAGUG